UACCCAAAAAAAAAAAAAAAAUUAAAGUUGAGUUUUAUUUGACAAAAAAAUUAAUAAAAGACAAAUAGUGGGACGGAGAGAGUGUUAUUUUAUUGCGUUGACGGACGUUUAACGACGGCUCUGCUUUUAUCGGUUGCUCGGAGGGACGAAGCGAUCUAGAAGGAAAGAAAAUUAAAAAAAAAGAAAAGAAAAGAAAAGAAAAGAAAAAGGAGAAAGAAGAGACAGAAUUGAAUAAAACUUGGCGAGCAAGCGAAACUUUUUGACAUCUGUGUUUUUUCUCUUCUAAAAUCACUGAGAUUUUAUCACUCUCUAAAAGCUCGAUGAGUUCUAUGGAAAUCGAUUUCAAGGAAUAUCAACUGCGGUGCCAACUACGAGGCCACAAAGACGACGUUCGUGGAAUAUGCGUUUGCGGCAGUGAAGGUAUAGCAACUUCUUCAAGAGACAGAACCGUCAGGUUCUGGUCUCUUGACUCCCCAGAUAAGCGUAAGUAUGUCUCGUCUAAGAUUCUGUUGGGGCAUUCGAGUUUCGUGGGACCGCUGGCGUGGAUUUCGCCUGAUGAGGAGUUUCCGGAAGGUGGAAUUGUGUCCGGUGGUUUGGAUACCAUGGUUUUUGUUUGGGACUUGAUGACUGGAGAGAAAGUGCAGUCAUUGAAGGGCCACCAAUUGCAAGUUACCGGUGUCUUAUUGGAUGACGGGGACAUUGUUUCCUCUUCCGUUGAUUGUACCUUAAGACGAUGGAGGAAUGGCCAACCUGUUGAAUCGUGGGAGGCACACAAGUCAGCGAUCCAAGCUGUAAUAAAGCUUCCUUCAGGAGAGCUAGUUUCAGGUUCAACUGACACAACCUUGAAACUUUGGAGAGGAAAGACAAGUGUACACACUUUCGUUGGGCAUACUGAUACUGUCCGGGGCUUGGCAGUUAUGCCUGGGUUGGGAGUCCUUUCUGCUUCACAUGAUGGUUCCAUUAGGUUAUGGGCACAAAGUGGUGAAGUUUUAAUGGAGAUGGUCGGUCAUACUUCCAUUGUCUAUUCAGUUGAUUCUCAUAUUUCUGGACUUAUUGUCAGUGGUAGUGAAGAUCGUUUUGCAAAGAUAUGGAAAGAUGGAGUCUGUGUGCAAAGCUUAGAGCACCCUGGUUGUGUUUGGGAUGCUAAAUUUUUGGUAAAUGGAGAUAUUGUGACUGCAUGUUCAGAUGGAGUUAUACGCAUUUGGACAGUAGAUCAGGGUAACGUUGCAGAUACAGUGGAACUUGAGGCAUAUGCUUCAGAACUUUCUCAAUACAAAUUGAGUAGGAAGACUGUUGGUGGUUUGAAAUUGGAAGAUUUGCCUGGGCUUGAGGCUUUACAGAUUCCAGGAACCAGCGAUGGCCAGACAAAAAUUGUUAGAGAAGGGGACAAUGGUGUAGCUUAUACAUGGAACAUGAGAGAACAGAUAUGGGAUAAAAUUGGUGAAGUUGUUGAUGGUCCAGAUGACAGCAUGAAGCGUUCUGUUCUUGAUGGAGUCCAAUAUGAUUAUGUAUUUGAUGUUGAUAUUGGCGAUGGGGAGCCUAUUCGUAAGUUGCCCUAUAAUCGAUCAGAUAACCCUUAUGACACUGCUGAUAAGUGGCUUCUCAAGGAGAACCUUCCUCUUUCCUAUCGUCAACAAAUUGUGGAGUUUAUACUGCAAAAUACUGGUCAAAAGGAUUUCACUAUUGAUCCAACAUUCUGUGAUCCAUAUACCGGCUCAAGUGCUUAUGUACCUGGACAGCCAUCAUAUGCUUCUGGUAUAUCAGCUAAACCUACCUUCAAGCAUAUACCAAAGAGAGGAAUGCUGGUUUUUGAUGCGGCUCAAUUUGAUGGGAUCCUCAAAAAGAUUUCAGAGUUCAAUAACGCUCUACUAGCUGACUUGGAAAAAAAGGACUUGUCUCUAACAGAGCUGGAGAUAUCUAGACUGAGUGCUAUUAUUAAAAUUCUGAAGGACACAUCACACUACCAUUCUAGCAGUUUUGCAGAUGUUGACAUUGUCUUGUUGCUGAAGUUGCUCAAAUCAUGGCCACUUGCAAUGAUAUUUCCAGUUAUUGACAUUGUGAGGAUGAUUGUCCUGCACCCUGGUGGGGCAAGUAUACUUCUCAGGCAUGUUGAAGUCAAUGAUGUGCUAAUGGAAAUGAUUAAGAAAGUCACUACAGAUCCUGCACUUCCUGCGAACCUUUUAACCAGCAUCCGUGCUAUAACUAAUCUUUUCAAGGAUUCAUGCUACUAUGGCUGGCUACAAAAGAAUCGCAGUGAGAUUCUUGAUGCAUUUUCGUUUUGUCUUGCAUCUCCAAACAAGAAUUUGCAGUUGGCUUAUUCUACCCUGAUACUGAAUUAUGCAGUGCUGCUAACUGAAAAGAAGGAUGAAGAAGGCCAAUCUCAUGUUCUUUCAGCAGCUUUAGAGAUUGCUGAGCAGGAAAAUCUAGAAGUUGAUUCAAGAUUCCGAGCAUUAGUUGCCAUUGGAUCACUGAUGCUUGAGGGUCUUGUGAAGAAAAUAGCAAUGGACUUAGAAGUUGAGAACAUCGCCAAAGCUGCCAAGGCAUCUAAGGAAGCCAAGAUUGCAGAAAUUGGAGCUGACAUUGAACUAUUAACAAAACAGCGGUGAAGCUGGUGGUUCCUGGAUCAGCUAAUGGUUUAAGAGUGUGGGUGCGGUUCAAAUAGGAGAAUACGGAGGAAAUGUGGGUCAUAUUUACUGAACAUGUACAAGGGACCAAUAAAUUGUGGGCAAUGGGGUUUUUAUCAGAUGCCGAAACAAGGCAUUUGGGCUUUCAUCAGACAACCUAAUGUUUGCUUCAUUUUUUCCUUGGUAAACGGCUUGGAUGGAUCUUUAGGCUCAUUAUUCACCAAGAAACAAAACGUGCAUGUGGUUCUCAUUUUCGAAUCACA